UCAGGACCACGGAUGAACGACUGAGGACAGACUUGGAUUUAGCUAAGCAGGCUUUGUCAAAUAUCAUUUCACAAAGUUGCUAGCAUUUUUCAGUUAAUGAUCAAUUUUGGUCUGAGUUUUUAUGAGCAUUUAGUUCCAAUUUUAUGUCUCUGACUGUGAUCAAUAUUAGCCUUUUACAAACUCAGACUCAAAUCUUUCCACGUCAUGCCGGCUAACGCCACCAUGUGUUACGCACACCCGGGUGGUUAUGGUGAACAAAACUCUUUAUUAAGACAUAAAGACGCACCAUCAGUAAACUCAACAAAGAUAGACAUCUGCGAAUCAAGCCAUAGAGAAGUAACGCCAGGGAAAUGUAUCCUUAACUCAGUUGCUAUGGCGUUGGUUUACUUCUUAGCGUUUUCAGGAUUCGCGGCUUUGCGGAAUUUAGAGUCCAGCAUAGAUCGACUGGCAGAGAUUAGGUGCUUAUAUGUCACCGUUGGUAGUUUACAUCAUAGGCGAAAAGGGAUCGGUGGUGGGGAUGUGGACGUUUAUGGCGUUGCUGGUGGCAGCAAACUUUUACCCGGUCAGUUAUACGCUGUUUCCGGAGCUGCUCUGUUUGGUUUCAUGGCUGGUCCAGGCUGGACUGCUCAGUUGUCAUAUACCACCAACACCGCUAUAAAGUACGCACAACUCAAAGCCAAGGACGAAGAACACAUGGUCGAAGUUUCCAACGGGAUUUUCUAUCUGGGUUACUCCAGCGCUCAAGUGGUGGGAAACCUGAUCUCAUCACUGAUCCUUGAAAACAACAAUUCUAACGUCAAACACAAUUUAUCACAACAAUCUCAGUGUGGCGUAAAUUUUUGCCCUGUCGUCAACCCGGUAGCACCCUCACCAGAGGCCAGUGUUCCUGAAAACACCCUUCACGGCCUGUUCGGCAUUUUUUUAGCGGGGCCUGUUUUGGCGCUCUUGGUGUCCGGUCUACUCUUGGAUCCUGUUCGUCAGUUCUUCGUGGUAAACCACGGCGAUGGAUCACGUGGCUGCGGGAGAUGGCGGGACGAGCUGAUGGCGCCGCUGAAACUGUUCAAGGAUGUCCGGAUGGUUCUUCUGGUGCCAGCCAUACUCUAUUCAGGCAUAGAGCAAAUCUUGAUGUUCGCCAGCUUCAAUGAGGCUUUCGUCAGCUGUGCUAUCGGCGUUGAUUACGUCGGCUUCAUAAUGAUCUGCUGGGGAGUGGCCAGCGCCGGAAGCAGUUUUCUCUCUGGAAUUCUGGCGCGUUGCUUUGGACGCUGCUUCCUCUGUGUAUCAUCUCUUGUCAUGGGACUGGGUCUUCAGAUGUACUUCUUAUUCUGGAGGCUGACCGGGAGCAGAGUUAUUGUCUAUUUUGCUGUCAGUGCAACGUGGGGGGUCGCUGAUGGACUAUUACAAACGCAGCUCAGUUCUCUUCUGGGACUCGUUUUCAAAGAAAAUCACAAUCCAGCCUUUGCUAAUUUCCGGAUGUUGUCUUACUUUGGAUAUGCUGUCACUUACGCGGCCACUGCUGUCAUGUGUCAGGCCACAGAGAUUUACAUCACUUCCGGAAUCAUCUGCCUUUCCAUAGUCUCGUACAUUUUUCUAGAAAUAUUUCUUCGGCGAAGAGGAGAAAGCAGACUCUUGCUGUAUCAAUCUCUGUAAAAAGUGAUUUCUUUUCUCUUUUUCUAUACAGAUCAUCGUUUUGAAACUGCCUGAUUUAUUUGGUGUUAAAACACAAAAAAAAAAAAAAAAAAAUUACUAUUUCACACUGAUUUUCAAAGAAACUGUGUUGUCAUAUGUUGAUGCUUGUGAGAAAGAAUAGCUUGUUUCUUUUUCGUAAAUUACUGACUGAGGUGCUGGUGUCUUAUUGUCAUACAUAGAGUAAAUGGAUGCCUCUUUUAUUUGUCUAAAUGCUAUAAGCGUUCUUGUGGAGUGGAUAAUUCAAAAUUUACUUUUAUCUAUGUCACUUAACUGGGCAUUCGAGGUUUUGAGUUCUUUACGGUACGAUUCAUUAUUGUUUCAUAAAAGACAUUAAAAAUAACACAUUUCUUUGUACACUCAAAAAAUUAUUCUGUUAAUGUUAACAAAGAGUUUGUUGCCUGAGUGUUGCUAAAAUGUAUCCUGUUAUUGUAACACAAUAUUAUGUCAUAUUCAACAUGAUAACCUGUUAGUCUAAAAGAAUCUUUACGUUGAAUUAACAGAAUAUGUGUGUGAUAUUCAACAGAACAAUCUGCCACAAUAAGAGAAUACUUUCUAGCAUCUGUUAAAAUUAAGACAUUAAUGUUUUUGAGUAUAUAUGUACCGGUCAUGUACAUUUCAGGUGGGCAAGGCUUCUGCUUAGAGCCGCGUUUACAUGGGACGAUUUUGUCAUAUGUAUGUAUAUAUGUACCGGUCAUAUAUAUUUGAGGUGGACAAGGCGUCUUGCUUAGAGCCGCGGGGCGAUUUUAUCAUAUGCAUGGAUAUAGACUCAUCGAAUGCAAAUACUAUAUUUCAUGUAUUUCAUGGCUAAUAUUUGUGUGAAAUAAAGUUUGUCCUAUUUUCAUUAGACUAGACGUAAGUGGGAAGGUCUGCCAGCAACCUGCGGAUGGUCGUGGGUUUCCCCCCGGGCUGUGCCCGGUUUCCACCCACCAUAAUGCUGGCCGCCGUCGUAUAAGUGAAAUAUUCUUGAGUACGGCGUAAAACACCAAUCAAAUAAAUAAAUAAAUAAAUUAGACUAGACGAAUUCGAGAUGUCUCGUAUGAACUACAGCCAGUCCUUUCGCCUGACGUGUACUUUACCAUUGGUGAAUGCAACUAAAAUGUUAUUGUAUCAGUGAUGACUUCUCUCCCUUUUGUGAUUAAAAUGUUUGAGUUCUAUAUCUUGAUUUUCACUUUUUCCCACCUAAAUUAUAUUCGCUAAUCAAUUAGUGUGGAAUCGUGGUCAAUGUGGGGGUGUCAGUAGCUCUCGGUUCCUCAACGCAUUGCUCGAGGAUUAGUUUUUAGGCGAUUGAUUCUUUGAU